CUUGUGGGUAACUCUGAGCUCUAUGUAUGGGAAAUUCCUGGUCCUCUUGAUGUUGGCCUUUUGUCUUAUUGAAGUCAUGGACAAUAACAUCCGACCCCUGGCCUUUCAGGGAAUCUACAUGAUGUAUUUGUACAUUGGUAGUAUUGUGGCCAUCAUGUGCAUUUACAUCACCGUUCUUUUGGAUAAUUGCCCAUCCUUGACCAGAUCAAACAAGGCUGACCAGGUACAAAACUCCAAGGGCAAAAUCGAUCCGGAAACAGGAUCCGUGGCCAGCUUUGGAACUCUACGCCGAGCCCAUAUUGACAGGAAGAAGGUGUCCAGAACAAGUUUCUACUUGAGAGUUGGCGCAUUGGUCUUUGGUUUGGGCACCCUCAUUUUCACCGGACUUGAGAUCGCUAUGCACGCCACUAUGGAAAAUACUUGUGUGGACGAUAUCUUAAUCGCUCAUCCCGUUCUCCAAGCCCUUUUCACUUUCCUCCAAAUGCAUUUUCUUUUCGUCAACUCUCAGGUCAUCGUUGAGAGAUUUGGUUUGUUCGCUCGAUUUGGCUUCAUGCACCUCGUGGCCACCAAUCUGUGUCUCUGGAUCCGAACCAUCAUUUGGGAAUCGGCCAAUGAGUGGAUUCAUCACAUUUAUCGAGACAACGAGCAGAAUCGCCUCUUGCUCACGGGAGGUGGCGACGUGUUUGCUAGUUCCACGAAGAUACGAGAAACUCCUCUGGCUUUGGGUCUCCGAGCAGGAACGGUUAACUAUGGUCCCUAUACGAAUAACUACUUCACUGAUCGGAGCUUUACAAAUGUCGAUGACAACGAAUACGAAUACGUGGACAACUCUUUCGGACAAGGCAGCGCUCCUUUGGGUGAAAUUCAGGCCCCGCCUUCUGCAGCUCAAUUUGGAACAUUUUGCAAUAAUUCUUCUCUGCCGAUCGCAAAAGAGCAUCUAAAGUACGUGAUUUCACUCUACCAGUGCUUCAACGAUAAUGCCCUGGGAAAAUUGUGGACUUCGUCAAUGCCCUACUUGUUUCCAUUCAUUAUUGAAUACAGGAUUAAGGUGGAACUUCAUUUCAGUCUGAUCGCAGCCGCCGUAACCUACAUCAUGUGGAAGAAUGUGGGCAAUGAUAAGAUCCAACGAGUGGAGGGCAAAAAGAUCAAAGACGAGGAAGAUAGCGCCAAAAAGCGACGGGGCUACUGGCGAGUAGAUUGCCAAAGCGCCAGCAAAGGCCUUUUCUUGGGCCUCUUGUGUCUGGUGGGCGGUAUCAUCAUCCUGAUUAUCUUCUUUGUGAUGAAGGACAAUGCGGAAUUCAGUGAGGAGAUGUUUUGGAUCUUUGUUGGCAUGGAAAUCGCUAUUUUGGGUCUGGCCAUUCUCGGGUGUUUGGGUGGGUUUGUCCAGAUGCAAAAGCUGUCUCAUAGUUUCCACAAACCCUAUGACUUGGAUAACCUGCUCUCAUCGGUGACCGUUGUUGGGGCGUAUGUCUACGCCAUUUUUAGUAUGAUCGCCGCCGGUAUGGACAUUCAAAACCAAAAGCACAUGGUUGUUUUCAUUCAGAAUGGACUCCUGUUGAUUCAGGUCACACUCCAAGGAUUGAUCAUGACCGAGGCCGGCAGAAGGAUCUGUUCGACACGAAUGCAACAAUAUGUGAAACCGGGCCGACAAUUGAUCACGUUCCUUCUCUUUGCCAACAUCACCCUUUGGAUUAUAGAUACUUUUAUGACUCACAGCUGGAUCACGCAAGGAGUCCAGCUUCAGUUUUACGGACUUCUGGCUUGGGGUAUCAUUUCCCGGAUCAGUAUACCUCUACUUGUUUUCUACCGGUUCCAUUCUUGCGUGGUUCUGGUGGAAAUUUGGAAGAACACUUACCGCACCAAGGAGUCCUUCUGAGGCUUGUGUGGACCUACAGCUAGCCAACUGCUCGCCUGCAUUCCUUGUUUGUGUCAUGAAAACAGUCGCCAUUCCCGUCGCCUAGUAGCUCAAAAGAGCCCUUCCACUUCCAACGAAUUUAUUUACACCGAACCCGCC